AUGAGGAGCAGGAAUCGCACUGGGACAAGCCCUAAUUAUGUGAGGGACUUCAGCAGCAUGUCCUUGGGCUCCAGAAAUGGCCCCAGGACCAGCAGCAGUGGCUUCUACAUGGGAGGCUCCAUCACGGCAGUGACCAUCAACAAGAGCCUGCUGGCACCCAUCAACCUGGAUAUCGACCCCAAAAUCCAGGCUGUCCGCACCCAUGAGACAAACCAGAUCAAGGGUCUCAACAACCGCUUUGCCACUUUUAUCGAUAAGGUACAGUAUAAAUAGUGUGUUUUUUGCCGCUUGCUGUUUGUCUUUUGUUUGUGUGAAUUUCCAGCUCAAGUGAAAAAUACUGGAAAAAAUAUUAAAAGUCAGAGUUAUUGUGGUAAAUCCAGAAAAUGUAUGUAAAGUGUUAAAAAUGAGGAGUGAGGUGGAUUGCAUCACAUCUUCUUAAUAACGUAAGAGCCCAGGAAUAUGGUUGUGAUGAUGGUAAUGACACUCCAAUCUACAUAAUAAUAAAAUAACCAUUCUUGUAAAGUCAAUAACAGGUUGAAGAUAUUGUUUCCUCCUUUUGAAGUGUCUAAUCCUAGAAGCACACCUCUCACUCUGGGCACUGUUUCCCCGUGUGUGUGUGUGUGUGUGUGUGUGUGUGUGUGUGUGUGUGUACCUGCCUGCCUGCAUUCGUCAGUGCAUGUGUGCCAAACAUGACGUGUGAACUGAGGAGUCCAAACAUCUAUAAUAACAAUAUAUUUUGUUGUGGACCCAAAUCAAUUAUUCAUACGUAUGUGUGUGUGUGUGUGUGUGUGUCACAGGUGCGACACCUGGAGCAGCAGAACAAGAUGCUGGAGACCAAGUGGAAGCUGAUGCAGGACCAGACAACUGGUCCCUCUGACAUUGAGCCCAUGUUCCAGGCCUACAUCAACAACCUGCAGAGACAGCUGGACGAGAUCAACAAUGACAAGGACAGGUUGGACAUGGAGAACAGGAACAUGCACCAUAAUGUGGAGGACUUUAAAUCAAAGUAAGAACACAGUGACGUUAGUCUGGUUGGAGAUCUGUUUGUGCUUUAGCCAAUUCCUCUGUCAUGUUCGUUGUCAUGCAAGACAUGUCUGUCAUGCAUGCUGGGCUGUGACAAAAGCCUUCAUAAUGCGGCUCUUCAGGGCCAGAGUUGGUCACCCCUGUUAUAGACCCUAACCCUAUUCUCUUGCUUUGGCUUGUUCCAGGUAUGAAGAUGAGAUCAGCAAGAGGAACACAGCAGAGAAGGACUUUGUCCUGCUGAAAAAGGUACACUACUGACUGAUAACAUUCCCUCCCCUGACACCUGUACUGUAUUGUUCUACCUGUGUAGAUGUAUUGUAUAGAUAGAGUAUAGCCAGAGUCCCUCUCUGAUCUAAUCUAACUAAUCUGCCCUGGGCCAAAGAUUAAUAAUAGGUAGGGAAAAUAGGCAAAUCACCAAAGGUGUAUUACAAGUGUGCCUUUUAUGUUCAGUAAAGCUUGAGUAUUUUCCAUGUGUGAAAGAUGUGGCUACAACUAGCUAUGUAAACAAGAGUCGGUAAAGCAAACAUCCCCAUAUGAACAGGAGAAAAGGGAUAUGACUUGUGUUAUGUGAGGCUGCAUCAGGUAGGCAUGUCUCUCGGUGUCACAGCUGUUGACUGUCUUCUGAUGUCCUGUAGGAUAUGGACGCUGGUUACCUGUCCACGGUGGAUCUGGAGCACAUGGUGGCUGGGCUGGGAGAUGAGGUCAACUUCCUGAAGGCCUUGUACGAUCAGGUAAAGCAGUGUUCAAUCAUACAUAUAUAUUUUUAAUGCCCCUUUAGUCAAAGAUGCCAAUACUAUAGAGACACAGUAUACAGCACUAUAGAGAUUACAGAACUUACAUUGUUUCUCUCAUGACAGGAGCUGGGUGAGCUGCAGUCUGACGUGAAGGACACCUCUGUUGUGGUUCAGAUGGACAACUCCCGGGGCCUGGACAUGAACCAGAUCAUGGCUGACGUCAAGGCCCAGUAUGAAGACAUCGCUGCUCGCAGUCGGGAGCAGGCCGAGAGCUGGUACAAGACCAAGGUGAGGAGGUCAGUGUUCAGAGGUCAGGGGUUAGAGAAAGAGGAAAUCUUAAGGGUUCAGCCCUAAGGGAGCAGUACAGCAGGUCAAACAGUCAUUCGUAAAAUAAACCUGUCAAUAAUCCUUUGAAACCAGUGAACCUAUAAUGCCUCCCCUUUCCCUGUCGUUUCUGCCCACAUCAGGUUGACAGUUUGGCCGGUCAGGCUGGCCAGGCUGCAGAGGAGCUGUGCAACACCAAGGCUGAGAUCGCCGAGCUGAACCGAUUGAUCAGCCGCCUGCAGAACGAGAUCCUGGCUGUCAAGGGACAGGUGAGCGCCACACCUGACUGGAUGGAGCAAUAAAGAAUCUUAUAAUUGAAGACUGUUUUAAUCAUAGACUAUAGUGUCAGACUGGAUAGAACACCACCUUAUAAUUGAGGAGUACUGUAUGUCAAGGCUUCGUGCCAGACUGGUUUUUGCUUUGGCCAACUUAUCAUUAUCUUGUGUUUGGCACAGCACCAAUGUGGCAUUGUUGAUCGCAGAAACAAUGUUACACCCUCAGGCUAAAGUACCAGUAUGUCUUUGUCUGGGAGGCCAAAGCAACAUUUUAGAAUGGAGCAAUUAAGUCAUACGCCGGAUGGCAUCACGUCUCAGCUCACUGGAUAAAAUUACACCGGCACAAACGGACGACAGAUGAUGAUAGUGUUUAUGCAUUCCUUAACUACAUAGGCCUACGUUAUGCAUACAAUAAUGUAUUCUGGCCUAUAAUGAAAGCCUAAUGACUGUAAAAAUGACCCAUGAUAACAGCGUGGAGCAAACCACGUUUAUUUGUUCUGUUCCAAAGGUCUUCUGAUACAUUUUCCCCCUUAACCCUAUAGAAGGCCAACCUGGAGAGCCAGAUAGCCGAGGCAGAGGACCAUGGGGAGAUGGCCGUAAAGGACGCCAGGGCUCUAAUCAGGGACCUGGAGGUAGCUAUGCAGAGAGCCAAGCAGGACAUGGCCUGCCAGAUCAGGGAGUACCAGGACCUGAUGAACGUCAAGCUGGCCUUGGACAUCGAGAUUUCCACCUACAGGAAACUGCUGGAGGGAGAGGAGACCAAGUAAGGAGAUGAUGAAACUCUGAGGGACUCAAAAGGUCCACUAUGACCAGCUCCUCUGCAUAGACAGCUUCCAAAAUCCAUGAUGCAGAGAUGAUGAAGUCUGUGUAGAGCUGUAUGAUGUUUUUAUUCUCUCUUCCUUUUCCGCCCACAGCUUUGGACAACAAUCUAUCACCAACAUUUCUACCACAAAGCCUUGUUGUAAGUUAUCUUUCUCCCUAAACUACUACAAGUAACAAAAAUACAGAGCCCUGAGCCCGUGACAGCACUAUAAUCUCUAAAGUUAGCAUUUUUAUUCUCCUCUCACAUUCCUUUGCCUUCGAACCUUGUUUUACGACGGCUCAUACUAUUGAUAUGAUUUAGGGAUCGCAAACAGGUGUGGUGAUUGGCAGGAAGAGGGAUAAGGGAAUCUUGAUGGUGGCAUGAGCCUUUGUAAUAACAACCAGCAUCCUCCUCUUUUCCACCCCAGACACCAUGCCGGAGACCAGCUACCAGCAGCCCACCCGGUCUUCUGCUGUCUUUAUCAAGAGGGUGGAAACCACCGACUCCUCCAGAUCAUACCACUGA